CGCUAGCCACAAUUCGCCUUUCCUAUUGCUAGUUUUGGGGUGUUUGCGUUCGAGUGGUAAAGUAAUGCUGUGGCGUUGUAGCAGUCGUCGACAAAAUUCUUGUUGAAUAACGGAUGACAGCGUCGACAAGAACUGAAAACAGUCGCGUGUCUGAGCGGUGUGACCUGAUUUGUUUUUGUUUCGUUCACGACUUGAUUUUUUUCGUUUCGCGGUGGUAGACGUCAGAAAAAAACGUUGGUUUUUGCUAUGGUUUAAAAGUGCGUGUUUUUUGCAAACUGUAUCGCAAUGGUGGUCCUCAGUGGGAUUUUCAUUGCGUGGACAAUGGAAUCUGUGCUGGAGUUUUCGAUUUUCGUUGGGUUUCUGUACUGGGCCUUCCCUGGGUUCUUCAGCGAAGGAUUCACCAGAGUGAAUAAGAUGGUCGACGUCGUCACCAACCGCGUCUUCGACACGUACAACAGAUUCUCCCCUCUGAACAACAAUCAGAAUGAAUCUCUAGCCACUUUAAGCUCUUUGAAGAGGUUCGCCAGAGAUCAGAAGUUCAAGAAGGCCCUGACCAGGGAGGCGGAUAUAAAGGCCAGAGAGGCGCAGCUGUUCGAUAUAAAGGAGCACGCCCCUGAAGUGCAUACUACCAAGAAAAGGCCGUUUAUGGGACUGUGCUGUCAAAAUUGCACGUUAACUAGUCGGGAGUCACUAGUCAGCAAAACAACAGAAUCCUUAGCCUUAAGAAACAUCUUAAACUACCAGCUUCCCCAACACAGCAAUGGAUUCCUCCACAGGACCUUUUCGCAUCUGUAUCAGGUUUACGAACUUAAAAAGUUCGACUAUCCUCAGGUAGCAGAUCUCGUCUGGAAAGACGAGAGACUGAAACGGGCAAUCGAGAAGACAACCAUUCAGCAGUUCCAGGAUUCGGAAAUUAGCGACGAUGAGUUUUAUAGCCAGCUCUUGAAAGGCAAUCAGAGAAGGGCGAGGAAGUUACUCUACGAUAUGAGGUCCACGCUUUCGGACUUCCUAUUGAGAUUCACAUCGUGGGUGUUAUAUAAAUUACUUUCGUGCUUCCUAACUUCAGUUGUGGUUCAUCCUGGGCAAGUGGAAAUGUUGAAGAAAGCAGGAAAUUCCAAUCUCCCGGUCAUAUUCUUGCCGUUGCAUAGGUCUCACCUGGAUUACAUUCUAAUUUCUUUUAUUCUUCUUAAUAACAACAUCCGAUCGCCCUUAGUCGCUGCUGGAGACAAUCUGAGGAUACCAUUCUUUGGGUCUCUGUUGAGAGGCUUGGGCGCAUUUUUCAUAAGACGCCGCAUGGACCCGGCGAUGGGGCGCAAAGACUACAUCUACAAAGCUGUCUUGCACACCUACAUGAACAACUGCCUCCGGGCCGGUCACAACAUGGAAUUCUUCCUCGAAGGGGGCCGGACGAGAACGGGCAAGCCCUGCAUGCCCAAGUACGGUAUACUUAGUGUCAUUCUGGACACCUUCAUGGAUGGAACGAUCGAGGAUGCUCUGCUCGUACCGAUUAGCGUGAACUAUGAAAAGUUGGUGGACGGUAAUUUUAUUAGGGAACAGUUAGGCAAGCCCAAGGAGAUGGAGACUUUUGGUAGCGCUAUUAAGGGGAUCUGGAGCGUUUUGAACAGUAACUACGGGAUGAUGAGGAUCGACUUUAACCAGCCAUUUUCAUUACGGGAGCUGGUGAAGACGUUCAAUAUGAGUGGGAAAAUGACACCCAACGGAGUUAAGAAAACACUGAAAUCCAAUCCGUCUACCACUAGUUUAUACGGUACUGAUAUUGUAUCGGAGGAACUUAAAACUCUAGUAGAAAGCAUAUCAAAACACAUUAUUUAUGAUUGUGCUCAGUCGACAUGCAUCAUGUCCACAAACGCAUUAGCGUUUCUGCUGUUAACGAAACACAGAGAGGGCGCUAGUAUAGAAGAAUUAGUGAACACUUUAGAUAAUUUAAGGAAGGAACUGGAGUACGCCGGGAGAGACAUAGGCUUCUCCGGAGACUCGUUAGAUGUCAUUAAUUAUGCUGUGGAUAUGUUGGGACCUGCAUUAGUACGUAAGGAAAGAACAAACAACGAAGAGAUUAUCAAACCGAUCGCCAUCCUGCCGAACGUCAUCGAACUGACGUACUACAGCAACACGGUGGUGCCUCAUUUCGCGCUGGAAUCUAUAGUGGCGAUUGCGAUCGGGGCUUUGGACAAGUCCUCGGGGAGCGUCGUCCAACAGGAUCUGGUGGAUAACGUUUUGGAUUUAUGUGAUAUACUUCAGUACGAAUUUUUGUUCUGCAAACCGUGCCAAAGCCUGGAGCAAGUCGUUAGUAGUUGUAUCGAUGAUUUAGUUAUUAGGAAGCAGAUAUUUUUAGUGGAUGACGCGGAGGACACUGAAUUAAACGUGAGGAGUCGGAAGUUAGCUAGGCAGUUGGUGGAUGACGGUGAAGAAGAGCAGUAUCCGGAGAAGGUGUACAAGGUGAACCCGAACAAAUCGGCGGUCGAUACGUUAUCGUACCUGAGGGGGAUCUUGAUGCCUCUUGUCGAAUCGUACUCUAUAACGGCUUUCGCUUUGGACAAGCUGGUGGGAAGGCAGCUGCUUGAAAGCGAGCUUAUUAAAGAUAUUUUUGAUGAACUGAAGAUGCAGCUUAGUUUGGGAACGGUUAAGUAUGAUGAAAGCAUCUCUGUCGAUCCAAUAAAAAAUGCGUUGAAGGUGUUCCAAAAAUGGGGCACUUUGGAAUGCCACUCUGAGAAGAAACUGAGGCUAUAUUACCUGAGGGACGAUCAGGACGAUUCGGAAUCCGUAAAAGCCCUCUAUCACAAAGUCAACAAAUAUCGACAAUCUUUCUAAGUUAUUUUACGUAAUAUUAUUUUUAAGAGUACUGAAUUGUAGAUAAAUUGCUUUUAGAGUUAUUUUAUUGUGUGCCUUUUGAAAGCCUAAAAGGUCCCUGAUAGAGUAGCUUUUUUUUAUGAAGAAUCAUUAAGUACUAAGAUUUUUGCGUUUAUAAUUUUAUUGUGAAAACUAUUGUAAACUGUGAUAAUUAAAUGGAUAAAAUUUA